AUUCACUGCUGGACGGCGGAGCGUCGUAAUCAGCUGCUGCUGGUGCCAUGAUGGACGUGUCAUCCCAGGAUCAUGAAUUACCUGCCGCCUCGGCAGACGAGAAGGUGCGGAAAGGAAAACACAAUGGGACGGCGGAUCUGUCAUUGAUCGCAUCUGUUGUCGUUCGUUCGUUCAUUCAGGUGCCGUUCACCGGCUUCCGCUCGAUGCCCAACGAGGUGUUGUCCUACGCCGGCUCAUUCUUCAGCACGACGGACGGCACCAAGCAGAUCUCAGAGGUCUCCCGGCACUUCUGCACAUGCGCCACCGGCGAGCCGUCGUCGAGCAUCAUGAAGCCCCACACCGAGCGGGCCGGCGGAGCGUCAUCCCUCUACAGCCACCUGCACAUCGACAAGAAGGUCUUCUGGGACCUGCCGGCCCACGUCACGAGCCGGCUGGAGCGCACCCACCACCAGAGCAUCGUGGUCAAGAUGGACCCCAAGUGGCCCGUCAAUGAGAUGGUCAUCGCCGCCAUCCGCCGCUCGCCCGCCGUGCUGCAGAAGCUCGUCAUCACCACACUCGACGGCAUGGAGAGCGAAAAGUUCCCUGCUGACGGGCAAGUCGUUGGCAGCCCCCCUGCUGUCACGCCUCCGCCUCCCCCUGCCGACCGCAUCGUGUUCCCUCACAUCAAGAAGCUGCAUGUGGACAGCCUGCGGCUUUGUGCGCAUGGUUGCCGAGGGGUUCGAAUGGUACGUAAGCCAUCGACAACACACAGGGGGGGAAGGGGAGAAAGACGGACGGAACAGUGCGGGUGUUUGUAUGCGUGUAUGUGCAGGCCCGAGUUGAUCGAGUUGCAGAGUGAUCUUUUCUGCGCUUCGGACGCUGAGAACGACAGCUAUGAGGAUGACCGCAUCACCGAGUCGUUCGUCGACCAGCCGUUGGCCCACUUCCUAAGCACGUCCAAGAAGCUGCAGCAUCUGUGCGUCUACCCACUCACACCUUGUAAGGUGACACCACAACCAGCGCCAUUUAUAUGUCGCAAUGCCUGAUUGUGUGUCAGAUCCCCGUCGGCUGCCGCAUUCCCUUCCCCUCUUCGUGAGUCUGACGCACCUGACCUUCCUGGAUUGUUCCUGCAUUCACGACAACCUGUCCCAUCCCGACGCACCCUUCGACGCGCUGCACCCCUUCCUGGGUGUGCUGCGACAGCUGUGGGGCCGCAAGAACGACAGCAGGAAGAAGAAGGUGAGACUGUUGUAUGACUUAUGCGUCAAUGAGGGGCUGACGGGCCGCAUGGCCAGCACUGCCGGACCUCACGGACUGAGCGGUGAGGAGAAGAACACACUGAGGUACAUACCGGCACUCGUGUACCUGUGUGAUGGGUGUGGUGUGUGCAGCUGUCGGAUUCAUCGAGCAGCUGGAGGCCAUGGGCUGUGAAAUCGCAUACUCCUUCGACACCACGUGAGUGACGGAGACACUCCACAGCACACACAGCCCUCCAUACGCCUUGGAGUGCUAUGAGUGUGCCGGUCUUUCAGGGUCCAGCUGGAUUGUGUGAGUGUCGAGAACAAUGUCGUCGAUCCGCCGCCUCUCCAUCCGGUCGUCCGAAGAAUGGCCGAGGGACUCGCCGCAGUGUCAGAUUCCGGUGCCAAAUGAGAGCCACCUGCCUGGAUUGGUGUGCAUAGCCCGUACGUGAGCUCUCUGUGUGUGUUUGUCGAUCAGUGGAGAUCAUCUAUGGGGGUGUCCGGCUGCCUGAGGUCAGCCACACAGCCACAUGUAGUCGGGCAAGCGGCAGCCUGCUUGCAGUGGUUUGGAUGUGUGUCUGUGUCGUUGAUCCAUUUGUCAGCGAUGGAGCUUCCCACCGCCAUUCAGUGGGGCGUCGGGGCUAAGGAUCUCCUUCAGCCGCAGCAAAGACGAGCUGCUGGACAGGCAUGAUGACGACUUCAGCACCAUCCCGGCCUUCCUCAUCAAUGAGCCAGAGCGCUACCCCAACGUCGAGGACCUCAUUCUCGACCGCAUCGGCAGAUCGACGGGCGGCGACAGCGUCAUUGCCGCGCCGCCCAACCCUCUCAGCCGCAUCAUGACGAACGCCCUACCGUCCUUGCAGCGGCUGUGGCUUUGCAACAUGGGCCGAUCGACCACUGCUGAGUGCCUCUUAUGCCUCAAGGUUAGUCAGCUUAGCCUCACCUGUGGCUGGAUGGCCGUCAGUCAAUCUCCGUGCUUUUUCGUCCGUUUGUCAGGAUCGCACGGCCAAGCUGGAGGAGUUGAUUGUCUCCUGGCCCCUCCUGCCUGUGGAGCUGCCCCCUUUGGUGCUCGCCCCGCCCCUCGUCCCGCCUGUCAAGCGACUGGUCCUCAAAAUCUCGGCAUUCCUCAUGUUCCCGGCCAGCGUUAAUUCGCUCUUCAGCCUGGCCCUCCUGCUCAUGCCCGACACGGCCGAGAUCACACUGCUGUUGGCAGAUGCUGACACGGACGAGGGGGCGGCCUUGGCGCUGCUGCAGAGUGAUCGGCGGUGCAUGCGGUACUACGACGUGCAGCUGCCCCUCCCCGACAACCAGGGCGAGACCUCGCGGAAGUUUGUCGUCAAGAUGACCAAGAAGGCCGGCGUAGACUGAUGGAUGGAUGGGCCAGGGAUGUCCAGAGGAGACGCAUAAGGUCAGAGGAGACGAUAGAGUAGCCAGCCGGCCACGGCAUGCGGCGACUUGUACAGAUUCCGUCGCUGCAUACUUUGUAGCCGACUGACUGACUUGAGACUCAUGCCUGCACAUGAAAUGAAUCCAUGGACGGAAUGGAG